UUUAAUGUAAUUCGGUAUCAGUGACCAUUUGGAUGUCGAAAACUUUUCAGAUGUACUUAACAUGUUAUACGUUUUGUAGUUAUUUGUCUUUAUCUUUAGAGUGUUACAGUAAUUUCGGUGUUUGGCUAGCAUUAGCUAUGAUAACCAACCUAACUUUCUGUCUUUGCUAGCGGCUAGCUAACAGUUAGCUAGAGGAGCCAAUCAUGUAAGUUUGUUUAUUCAUUUUCGUUAAGUUUGCACCAUGUCUUUGUUUUAGAAAUGGCGUCGUUAAUGGCGACAGAACCAGCGAUAUGCCCGCCGGGUGCAAUAGCAGCAGCGGAGUCCAUAGUGCCAGCUUGUAUGUUUGCACCGGACCGGGGGUGUGCUGACGAUCCAGCCGGCGGAGAGGGCUUUGAAGACGGCGAGGGUACAAACGGCGAGUCCGCGGAUCAUUUAGAUUUAAGCAGCAAGCUGGUCCUAGUUAGUCCAACAGCGCAACAGUACGAUUCAUUACUACGGCAUCUGAGGGAGCAGAUAGAUGAGGGCUGUGGAGAGACAAUCUAUGUGGUUGGGAUGGGCUCAGAUGGAGGUGACUACGGUCUGGAUGAGAAGGACAUGGAGGCGUCGGUAGCCACGGUGCGGUCGCUGUGCGAACAGAUUGAGGCUGACCUGAUCUUGUUGAGAGAGAGGGCAGACACCGGCGGAAAGAUUCGGGACUACCUCAUCCGCCGGCGUGUGGGCGAGCAGGAUUUCCUGGAAGUCAGAGUGGCGGUGGUGGGGAACGUGGAUGCGGGGAAGAGCACUCUGCUGGGGGUUUUGACCCACGGUGAGCUGGACAAUGGCAGAGGCUUUGCUCGCCAGAAGCUCUUCAGGCACAAACAUGAAAUGGAGAGUGGCAGGACCAGCAGCGUAGGCAAUGACAUCCUGGGUUUUGAUCAGGAGGGACAGGUGGUGAACAAGCCAGACAGCCACGGCGGCGGCCUAGACUGGACCAAGAUCUGCGAGAAAUCCUCAAAAGUCAUCACUUUCAUUGACCUAGCUGGCCAUGAAAAGUACCUCAAGACCACAGUCUUCGGCAUGACGGGACACCUGCCUGAUUUCUGCAUGCUCAUGGUCGGCAGUAACGCUGGCAUCGUUGGCAUGACCAAAGAGCAUCUGGGUCUGGCUCUGGCCCUAAAUGUGCCAGUUUUUGUAGUUGUUACCAAGAUAGACAUGUGUCCAGCCAACAUCCUGCAAGAGACGCUAAAAUUAUUGCAGAGGUUAUUAAAGUCACCAGGCUGCAGGAAAAUCCCUGUGCUCGUUCAGAACAAGGAUGAUGUCAUCGUCACAGCCUCCAACUUCAGCUCUGAGAGGAUGUGCCCAAUUUUUCAAAUCUCAAAUGUGACGGGGGAGAACAUGGACCUUUUGAAGAUGUUCCUCAACCUCCUCUCCUCGAGGACCAACUUUAGCAACGAUGAGCCUGCUGAGUUUCAAAUAGACGACACAUACUCAGUACCGGGUGUCGGCACAGUAGUUUCAGGAACUACGUUACGAGGAAUGAUACGACUCAACGACACGCUGCUCUUAGGCCCAGACCCCCUCGGCACCUUCAUCCCCAUCGCUGUAAAAUCAAUCCACCGUAAGAGGAUGCCUGUCAAAGAGGUCCGCGGUGGACAGACGGCGUCCUUCGCCCUGAAAAAGAUCAAACGUUCAUCUAUAAGAAAAGGUAUGGUAAUGGUUUCCCCAAAGUUGAUGCCACAGGCCACCUGGGAGUUUGAGGCUGAGAUUUUGGUGCUGCACCACCCCACAACGAUAUCCCCCAGAUACCAGGCCAUGGUUCACUGCGGCAGCAUCAGGCAGACAGCCACCAUCCUGACCAUGAACAAAGACUGUCUGCGGACAGGGGACAAAGCCACAGUCCACUUCCGCUUCAUUAAGACUCCCGAGUACCUGCACUGUGACCACAAACUGGUGUUCAGAGAAGGACGCACCAAAGCUGUGGGCACCAUCACCAAGCUUCUUCAAGCAGUGAACACCCAGGCGGCAAAGGCUCAGCAGUCCAAGAUGCAGGCCAGUAAGAAGACUUUUAAAGACGGCACAGCAGCCAGCGAGGAGGCUGGAUCAACAGCACGGCCGCCUAGUCCAAACACAGCACAGCUACCACUCAAGUCUGGAGGUGGAGGACGCAGGAGAGGCGGUCAGAGACAUCGAGGGAAAGGACCGAACGCUGCAUCGAUCACCACAUCGGUACCUGCGGGAGCAGCAGGCACAGCUUAGAAACACAACCUGUCAUCUGUCCUCACCUCCUUCACAGGGAGGGAAAGUGACUGCAUAGCCGGCUGGUGUUUGCACACAAAAACUGAAUCCACAUAUUUCUAAUAUAAAACCAGAAUUCAACAAGUUUUCUAAUGAGAGUGAAUUUUUUUCCACAUGAAGCCAAUUUGGAGCUUUUUUAUGGGCUGCCGAGGAAAAUGAAGUUUUAUUGGGUUUGAGUUUUACUGCAGUUAUCUGCAAUUUGUAGAUAGCAUUAUGUAACCUUUUCUAUUUUAAUACAAACAUUUUUGGGGGUGUUCAUCUUGUUUGUAGUUCAUUGGAACUUCCUUUAUAGCAUUAAAUGUUUUCACCAGCCAGCAGAGGCAUCAGUCACUUUCCCUGCCUAAACUUUCUUCUUCAUCCACCUGAGUUCACCUUCAGCAAACUUUGAUUCAUGCAUCUUUUUUGGGAUGGCACUGGGGUUGGAGACUACUCACUGUCACAUCAGUCAUUGAUACGUAGACCGGGUUAAGUAGUUGAAAAACAGUAUUUUUCUUUCACUUAGCUUCUCAUCAUUGAAACUGGCAGUUUGAAUUCGCAUUAGGAAUCGACUGAACUGAAAGGGAAUUAAUGUCAACAGUAGAUGUGUUAACGUCUGUGACAUAAAGCAAGAAAGAAAAGAGAUCACACCAGCCAGAUACUCGUUAAAUUUCGUAGUUCUGAUGUUUGUUUACUCUACCAUUUUGUUUGUUGGUGGCUAAAAUUGUCUCCUAGAUUUCCUGUGUCCGUGCCAGGGUUUGGUAAAUUUUGUUGCCAGGCGAAACAAAAGUUAUUGUCCUAUCCCGGAGGAAUAUACUGCACUGCUCACCUGUCCUUAAACGUCGCGUAGAUAAAGAGCAAAUCGGCCUCUUAUCCAUCUUUGUCUUACACAGCAGACGUUAAAAUCCUGCCAUUAAAAGGUAAUUUUAUCCCUUCCUUUUUGAGCCAGCAGUUUUACUAAAUCCAGGUUAAAGAGAAAAACUCAGCUUUUCCCCCAAAGUAAUGUCAAAGUAGUGUCAAAGUGGCUUUGACGUGUGUUAAAGGAAUAUUUUACCUGCAAAUGACUGUUUUUAUGUCAGUUGUUCACUGCUUCUGACAGAGACUUUGUGAAGAAAACAGUUUUUCUUGAAAAGCCCAAAAAGGGGAAUUGAAGACUUUUGGGACGACGUUAAACAACAGCAAAGCUAUAUCCGAACGUUUGUUUACGAUCUAUCAGAGUUCUUGCAGUCUAAAGCCAGUGUCAUUUAUCCAGCCGUACGCUCAGUAUGUUUCAAAAACAUGCGUUAAAGCGGUGCCCGAACAUGACUCUGCUUAAAAUAUUUGAAAUAGAGGCAUUUUAGCUAAAACGCACGUGUUUGGGAAAUACAGAGCACACAAUGGAUGAACGAACUGCAGUUGCGUGUGUGUUUUGAUAUAGUUUUGCUGUUGACACACAGUUUCAUUAACUACUUUUACUGAAAAGUGUUUUUUUUUCUUGGCCAUUCAGUCCAACGUGAAGGUAUGCAAGACAACAAUUUCUGCACGCGCAACACUUUAGUCGUCGCGCCGUUUUUUGGGGUGUUUUUUUUAAAGGGUCAUUUUGCAGGUGAAAUACUUGUACCAGUAAGACGGCACAUGUCCGUGUGAAGCAUCCCAUUUAGCAUGCGUAAGCACAACUUUCUUAUUCUGAUGCAGUCCGACUCUGAGCACCAAAAAUCCAGAAACGCACAAAAAUGAUUCAUUCAGUCAUGGUGUCUUACACCUUAAAUGUCAAAAGCCAAGUAAGAACAUUUCUUAAUUCACUAAAAAAAUGAUGCUGCUGUGAGUCUCUGCACAUUAUCUCUGUCGCCCUUCAUAUGAAUAAUAUUUCCAAGCCUCAAGGGUCGAAUCCAAAUGUGAGACACAGGGAGUCAAUGUUUUAAUGUGACUCGGAGUUCAAAUGUUUUUGGUACAUACUGUAUUAACAAUUUGCAGAUAUUUUAUAGGAUUUAGUUUGGACUGCACAAGAACCGAUUGGCCGGAUAAACCAUGUAACAGAAAGUGUGAUGUUUUUGUUAAAGUUCUCAACACACCUUUCAGUAGUGCACAAGUACACAGUGCAAGACAUCACUAAUUGUCUCUGUUAAGCUAACAUAAACCAUUGACGUAAACUAAAAACAGAUCGAGCUUUCAAACAUUUUUACAAAAGACAACUAAAACAUUUUGUUUGCAUUUUCCAGCUUGUUUCAUCAAUGGUCUUCUUUCCUGUUUUUAGUUUAUAGUAGAAAGGUAACUUCAUGUUGUUUUUCAGUGUCGCAAUUUGACAGUUUUUUUCUUUCCUAAAAACUCCAGUGUCCCAUUUUCCCGUACAUGUUAAGAUUUCAUUCUGGCGAGUCUUGUCUGAAAGUCUUUUAGGCCACCAAAUGACCUAUUUUAUGAAGAUCACAAACAUACCGAACUGGCAGAAUAGUAGUCCUAACUUUUUUCUUUUCUUUUCUUUUUUUUUUUUUGAAGGGACACAUUUUUUGUGUAUGUUUGUACAAAAGUACAACAAUGUGCAGAAGAGCUCAAGAUUUAAAAAAAGAUGCCAUUUAAAUUAAGUGGUGCCAGUUUGUGUUGUAAAUCCUUUUAAAUAAAGAUGUUAUAGAAAA